UGUUAAAAACAUUUACUACCUUGUAAAUGAUGCUCAUAGCUAUAAGAAGUGGUUCAGUGUCUCCUGUCUUUUUUAAUCCCGAUAAAGAGCGAACACUGAACCAAACUGUUAGCAAGCCACCCCGGGUAUGUGAUGACUAUUGGAGUGAAUUCAAACACUGCAAAAGCUUGUGGAAUCGCUUCCACCACUACUACACUUAUGGUACCUCCCCAUCCUGCAAGCAGUGGAAAGAGGACUAUCAUAACUGCAGCGAGUGGGAGAAACACAGAGCCCCCGAGGCAAAGGAAGCAUUGAAGGCGAGUGAAAGGUGCAGAGUGGCGGAGCAAAGAAAGUUCACCCCGGUGUGGAAACUGAGGCAAGACCCCCCCAGAGACUGGAACCUGCCCUUGAACUACAGGAAGCCUCAGGACUAAUGAAUUUUAACCUGCUGUCUCUGCUCCCACUGGCCAAAGCGAACUGAACAUACGUAAUAUAUUUCAUUUCAUGGACAUAAAAUCCUUAUGAUCUACAUGCUGGAGAGUCUUUGUCACUCACCGCCAUCUCAGAUUGAGUUCAGAGAGCUGCUGUGUGGAAGCAGAUAUGUGCAGCAUAUUCAAACAGUGAGGGCAGCAUCUAGUGGCCAAUGGUGAGGAUGGCAACAAAUGAAAUACCUGUUAAGGCAAUGUUGUUUUUGACAGUCAUAAGUAAUAAGAGUGCAGUAAGCAGAUGAUGACUGCACUCACACACUGUCAGCUAGUUUAAUAUUAAUGUUCCUUGUCAGGGAAGAACAAUAUAUGGUUAAAUUAUACAGUGGGUGUUUAUUCAGGAUUGUAUUUAUGUCAAAGUAAUGGAUUGGCUGUGCAUGGAUUCAUUCUUAACAAGAAUUUACCAAGACUUUUGUGCACAACUGUUUGCAUCAAGCAGAAUAGCCCUCUCUGAAUUAAUUUGUAAAAGUGGCUGUUUUUGAUACUGAAGAUGGUUAUUGAUGCAUUAAUAUGGAAGAACUCAGCUGUUAAGUUUCAGCCCAUCCAGAGCUGUGCACUAUAUUUCAGCCUUGUGGAUUUAUCCUUAAAUCACAGAAAAUGUUUGAAAUAAUUCUGAACAAAUUGGAUCAAUAAAAAAUUCAGUUUUA